AUGUGCAUUGCUCUUGGCAUCGUCGCGGAGGAUGAUGAGGCAUGGCGAAUUGCCAGCGAGGCUGUCGCUGCAGAAAAGGAGCCUGUCUUCAGCGGGAACAACGGCCCUUUUGUAGAUGUCUGGUUUGGCGAACAGAAACUCUUUGGCCUCGUUCAACGCGUUGCUCCAAACGACUUUAUUCAGGUCGCCCAGGAGUGUGGCGAGAAGAGCGAUGACGCCGCAGCGACGUUGCGGAUGCGUGUGACGCACAACGUCUCUUUUGUCCUUCACCUCUCGUCGGUGCCGCAUGCGAUGCUGCAGGCACGGGGAGCGCCCGAGGACAAGUUUGUGAACUUCAUGCAACUUGUCGUGGAUUACGCUUCGCUGCUGCGGCGCGGGAUGAAGGAUGAGUUUCUUGGCGUCGAUCCCGAGUCCGAUGCGGAGUACAUACGCUUCACGCCCCAGUGA